CUGCUUAUAACGGACACAACCAGACAAGCAACAACCAUUCCCCAGGUUGAGGUGGCGAUAUGACGCAUCUCUAACAUCAACCCGGACUCAUCCGCCGGCCAGACCUAGCCAACACAUAAUAAUCUUCAAUAACCACUUCUCCGGGUGGUGGGGUAUCCACCAGAAAGCGAAACCUGUUUAGUGCUUAACCUGCCAGGUUGUAAGAUAGUGUUUCGAUGCCGCAGUUGAUACAUCAACAUCAAACCUGUCGGACCAUCUCCAUCUCCACCAAACCAACCAAUCAGAGACAGCAUCAACAAUGUCAUACUCAAGGGAAAACAACGAAGUCUCCGCUUCUGGGGAGGACAGGCUGAAUGCUAUGCGCGGCUACAAGGCUACACUCAAAAAUCCCCGCGUCUCGGACGAAGCAAAGCAGAACGCCAAAGACGUGCUAGAUAAUGAGCUCCAUGGGGACCAGCCGCGGCAUGAUCUGUAUGCUAUCCGGGGGCAGAAUAAAGAGCCGAAUCGAGUGGCGGGUGGGCUUAAGGCAGCGCAGAGGAAUCCGCGGGUGAAGGAGAGAGGAAAAGAGAGCGCUUCGGAGAAAUUGGAUGCGUUGGGACGGGCGAGGGAUGAGCAGGCGCAGCAGGAUCAGUCGCAGGCGCAGCUGGAGGAGUAG